CUAUGAGUAAGCUGUGCAGACAAGUUUCGAUAGAGUCUCCGGGACCGACUCUGAAGGAAUGCGUAUUCAGUUUUGAUGUACCCGUACCGGAAGUGCCAAUGUAUGGAGCUAGAAUCAGAGUGGUGUAUGCCGGCGCAUGUUAUCGCGUCAGCCGCACUCGCUCUGCAUCAGUGUGCAGUACAUCAUCUGUUUCAUCAAUUAGCAGCCUCACUGGUGAAAUGGAAGGUUUCGGUAUCCAUGGCUCAACACCCGCCCACAUAGGCCUUCGAGAUGGGGCACUGUUUCCAGGUUAUGAAGUCGCAGGUGUCGUGGACGCAAUUGGAAAAGCUGCCGAGCGUGUAGAGGGCAUAACUGAAGGAACACGAAUAGUAUUAUUUCCAUACGAAGGUGUGCCACAUGGAUAUGCCGACUACAUCGUCGUGCCUGACUUCAAAUGCCUUGUGCCGGUUCCGGCUGAUCUUCCUCUUAGUGUGGCCGCCAUGCUUCCGACGGGCGCAUUGCUUGCAAGUAACACGGUGCAAACUGCAAGCGAGUGCUUAAAAACAGUGCUCGAAGGCCCGAACCAUAAAGACAAAGCCACUGUAUUGAUUGUCGGCACGGGUGGCUUAGCUUUAUGGGCUUUGCGUCUAGCCUCCCACCAUUUUAAAUUGAGCAAAUAUCAUGACCGGAUUCGUAUUUCCGUGGCAACUCUCAAAGAUGAAGGUUUUGUCUUAGCUAAAGAAAGUGACCAAAUCAGCGUGGUGCAGUGGAGCGAAGAUCUGUACGAACGUCAGCUGAUCGAGCGCACGACUGACGCGUGCGGCGGUCCCGUCGAUAUUGUGCUUAAUUUCGGCACUACCUCUAGGUCUCUGCACCGCUCUCUUCAGUGCCUUGCUCCGGGAGGAAUGGUUCUCGUAACUGAGGAUGUCGGGGAUAAAUUGAUGCCGAAAUUCGCAAAGAAAGCAGAAGAGAUGAACGUGCAAAUUGUCGUGGUACCGAAUGGCUCCAUCGAACAAUUGAAGGAGUUGGUAUAUCUGGUUGCGCGUGGCGAUGUCGAGCCGCCGCCACAUUCAGUGUUCCCAGCGGAAGAAGCUCAGGAGGUAGUUAGAAAACUAUGCAAUUCUGAAAUCAACGGGCGUGCCAUCUUGAAAUUCCACAAUGUGGAUUAAACGUAGACUUGUCGUUUGCAAGUAUUAUUUAACGACCAAAUAUUUAGUUUAAGCAUUGUAUUUACAACUCAUACAAUAUCUUUAGUAAUAAACUCAUAUUAUUGCUUUAUUAACAUUAAAAGCUCACAAUUAGUAUAUGUCAUGUCUAAAUAUUCAUAUGUAUGCGGCAACGCAUCUGCAGUUCCUCUGGUGUUGCGGAUGUCUAUGGAUGUCGUUGAUCACUCCGGUG